AUGUCGUCGAUGCGAGGCCUGGUCCAGUUCAUCGCCGACCUGCGGAAUGCACGCGCCCGUGAACUCGAGGAAAAACGGGUGAACAAGGAGCUGGCCAACAUCCGCCAGAAGUUCAAGUCAGGCCACCUUAACGGCUACCAGAAAAAGAAAUACGUCUGCAAGCUGUUAUAUGUCUACAUCCAGGGGUACGAUGUCGAUUUCGGACACCUCGAGGCCGUCAAUCUCAUCUCAUCCACGAAAUACUCCGAGAAACAGAUCGGCUACCUGGCCGUCACUCUCUUCUUACAUGAGGAGCACGAGUUGCUGCACCUGGUUGUCAACAGUAUUCGGAAGGAUCUUCUCGACCACCAUGAGCUUAACAAUUGUCUGGCACUACAUGCGGUCGCCAAUGUUGGCGGCAAGGAGCUCGGGGAGGCGCUAGGGGCCGAGGUACACCGGCUUUUGAUUUCACCAACCUCGAAAGCCUUUGUCAAGAAGAAGGCCGCUUUGACGCUGCUGCGAUUGUAUCGCAAGUACCCCGGCAUCGUGCGGAACGAAUGGGCCGAGCGCAUCAUCUCGAUCAUGGAUGAUCCGGACAUGGGUGUCACGCUGUCCGUGACAUCCUUGGUCAUGGCCCUCGCCCAAGAUCUGCCGGAGGAAUACAAGGGAUGCUAUGUCAAGGCUGCUCAGCGACUGAAGCGGAUUGUGGUGGACAAUGACAUUGCGCCAGAUUACCUCUAUUAUCGGGUACCUUGUCCAUGGAUACAGGUCAAGUUACUUCGCCUGUUGCAGUACUAUCCACCAUCGCAGGACAGCCACGUCCGGGAGAUCAUUCGAGAAUCUCUCCAGCAAGUCAUGCAAUCCGCAAUGGAAACCCCUAAGAACGUGCAGCAGAAUAACGCCCAGAAUGCGGUCCUCUUUGAAGCCAUCAAUCUCCUUAUUCACCUUGACUCCGAACACAACCUCAUGAUGCAAAUUUCUACCCGCCUGGGCAAAUACAUCCAGUCCCGCGAAACCAACGUGCGAUACCUCGGACUGGACGCAAUGACACAUUUUGCUGCUCGCGCUGAAACACUCGACCCUAUCAAAAAGCACCAGAACAUCAUCCUCGGCUCACUACGAGACCGAGAUAUCAGCGUCCGGCGGAAGGGACUGGAUCUGCUGUACAGUAUGUGUGACACCACUAAUGCUGGCCCGAUCGUCAACGAGCUUCUUCGGUAUCUUCAAACGGCCGACUAUGCUAUUCGUGAAGAGAUGGUGCUGAAGAUUGCCAUCCUCACGGAGAAAUAUGCCACCGACGCGCAGUGGUAUAUUGACAUGACCCUGAAACUUUUGUCGCUGGCUGGAGAGCACGUAAACGAGGAGGUGUGGCAGCGAGUGAUCCAGAUCGUCACCAACAAUGAGGAGUUGCAGGCAUAUGCCGCACACAACCUGUUGGGUUACUUAAAGACCGAUUGCCACGAGAGCUUGGUGAAGAUUGGCUGUUACGUUCUUGGCGAAUUUGGUCACCUCGUUGCCGACAGCGCAGGAUCGAGCCCGAUAGAGCAGUUCAUGGCACUACAGGCGAAGAUGUUCUCCAGUUCGGACAACACCCGGGCCAUGAUCCUGUCGUCGUUUGUCAAGUUUGUCAACCUGUUCCCCGAAAUCAAGCCUCAGCUCCUGCAGAUUUUCCGUCUGUAUAGUCAUUCUCCCGAUACCGAAUUGCAACAGCGGGCGUUUGAGUAUUUGUCGCUGGCGACACUUCCCACGGACGACUUGUUGCGGACUGUGUGCGACGAGAUGCCGCCCUUUUCCGAGCGCACUUCUAUCCUUCUCUCGCGGCUGCACCAGAAGACAGCCGGGACGAGUGAGAGGAAGACGUGGGUGGUUGGUGGCAAAGCUGCCAAUGCCGAUAAGCAGGAAGUUCUCAUGGCGCAGAAUACCGGUCUUAAGCGCACCUUCACGACAAUUGUCAACGGUACGCGAACGGGUGCUAACGGCGCCACUUCUCCGGGAGGGGCUUCGGGAGACCUGGCUGGCUUGGAUCUCAGCAGCGCGCCGGCGGCCCCGCCCCCAAACCUGGCCAGUGCUGCACAUCUCACGCCGGACUGGGACAUUGGAUUCAAUCGGUUGUAUUUCGCCAACGAGGGUGUUCUUUUCGAAGACGCGCAGAUCCAAGUUGGCACGCGGUCCGAAUACCGUGGCCCCAUGGGUGUCCUAAAGCUCUAUAUCACCAACAAGUCGACGUAUGGCAUUGGGUCUCUAACCACCACGGUCGACAACCCAGCUUCACCCAACCUGAAAAUCGACACUAAGAGCCUCCCGGAACCGAGCGUCGCUGCCUCUGGCCAGACACAACAGACACUAUUCUCCACGGCUCACGGAGCUUUCGCGGAUGCCCCGACUAUCCGCAUUUCCUAUCUGGCCGGUGCUCUCCAAGCAUACACGCUCCAGCUUCCGAUUCUGAUGCACCGAUUCAUGGAGCCCUCCGCAUUGUCAGCGGAAGACUUUUUCAAGCGCUGGCGCCAAAUUGGCGGUGGGCCGCUUGAGGCACAGAGCACUUUUGGUCUGACUGGAAAGAACAAGCGCAUCAACGAGACCUUUACUCGACGGGUCGUAGAGGGAUUCGCAUGGAAGAUUUUGGACAAUGUGGACCCGAACCAGACCAAUAUCGUCGGGUGCGCGGUGUUCCAGACCGAGGAAGCGAAGACGGGCUGCCUUUUGCGGCUGGAGCCCAACUACGAGAAGUCGAUGUAUCGGGUUACGAUUCGUGCGACGCAAGAGGACGUCCCACGGGCACUGGCGAGACAGAUGGAACUGAAGCUGACACAGGGCUUUUCAGAGGGCGUCUCGGAUUGA